UCUUUCUUCUUCUCUCCCCCUCACUUCUCAGCUUGCAUUCCCCCUAAUUGUACCGUAUCGAUUUCAUCAAGUUUGGCUUCUGUUGGUUCUGCAACUUUUCUCCCGAGGGUGGCUAACAGGUUUCGGUUUGUUUUUUUGAGUAACCGAACUUGUCAAACCAAGAGGGAAAUGAACAUAACCUGGAAAUAAGGCCUAGCGAACGGUUGGGCUUUUCUUUCACCGUGGCAACUAAAGCUGAAAUAGCCAGCCAGCAAAACUACACUCACGCUACUGUGACUGUUCAGCCUUACAGGAAGAAGGGAGAAGCUUCGAACGUUUCAGAGAGAUGGCAUCUUCGUCUUCGUCACUAGCAAUGAAUCCGUUGAAUUCUUCCCAGUGCAAAUCCGGCGGAUUCCCGACGUCGGAGUCCAUUCUUAUCCAUCGGCGCCAGGCGUUCCCGGUCGCUUUUCCCCCUCACCGCACGCUGAAGCAGCGAAGUGUCAUUGCUCGGCCGCAUUUCCCGUCUCCGGUGGUAUGCAAGGCCGUCUCCGUCCAGCCUCAGGUCACCGGAAUCGAAGGACUCAACAUCGCCGAGGACGUCACUCAGCUGAUUGGGAAAACACCUAUGGUAUUUCUUAAUAAAAUUGCCAAGGACUCUGUUGCCAGCAUUGCUGCCAAGCUGGAGAUCAUGGAGCCAUGUUGUAGUGUCAAGGACAGGAUAGGGUACAGUAUGAUUGUUGAUGCCGAGAAGCGAGGACUUAUAACGCCUGGAAAGAGUGUUCUAAUUGAAGCUACAAGUGGUAAUACGGGUAUUGGGCUUGCAUUUAUAGCUGCAUCAAGAGGAUAUAAACUUAUCCUAACAAUGCCAGCGUCAAUGAGUAUGGAGAGAAGGGUUCUGCUAAAGGCCUUUGGAGCGGAGCUUGUUCUGACUGAACCAGCAAAAGGUAUGAAGGGUGCAGUUCAGAAGGCCGAAGAGAUAUUGAAAAACACUCCCAAUUCGUACAUUCUUCAGCAAUUUGAUAAUCCUGCAAAUCCUAAGAUCCACUACGAGACUACUGGUCCAGAAAUCUGGGAAGACACAAGGGGAAAAGUUGAUAUCCUUGUUGCAGGUAUUGGCACUGGUGGAACCAUUUCUGGUGUUGGGCGGUUCCUUAAGGAGAAAAACCCCAAAAUCCAGAUAAUUGGUGUGGAGCCAGUUGAAAGCAACAUAUUGUCUGGGGGAAAGCCUGGUCCUCACAAGAUUCAAGGGAUUGGAGCAGGUUUCGUACCAAAAAAUUUGGACAGGGAUUUGGUUGAUGAAGUUAUUGAGGUGUCAGGCAGUGAUGCUAUCGAGACUGCAAAGCAAGUAGCACUACAAGAAGGCCUACUGGUUGGCAUAUCUUCCGGAGCAGCAGCAAAUGCCGCAAUCAAGGUUGGAAAAAGGCCAGAGAAUGCAGGAAAGCUGAUUGCAGUUGUUUUCCCAAGCUUUGGCGAAAGAUAUCUGUCGACCGACCUCUUCUUGUCCAUCCGACAAGAAUGCGAGAAACUCCAACCCGAGCCAUGAAACGUGACGCUGAGCUCCACCAUUUCAAUGAAUCCAGAAGAACUGAAGCAACCAUAAAGAAAUAAAAACAAAAUUUGCAGCCAAAUGCUGAGAAUCUGUGUUGUACUGCUUGGAGUUCAUUUUUUUUUUUCACAUUUAAAAGGAUAUAUAUUGCAGUUCUUGUUGUAGCACUUUGUUGUCUUCCACUUCUCAGUUCAGCAGCAGCAGCAAUACUCUCCAGGGCUGUUGAUGGGCCUGAUUUGGGCCCACGUUAUUUAAAGCCCAAGAUAGAAUAGAGGCCUAAAACUAUCGGACCGAUAAUGGUCGACGUGGACCAAAAAGCCCAUCACCCAAAAUUCUCUUAACUAACUAA